UUCGAUCGCCAGUCUCAGCCCCCAUAUAUGUGUCUGUGUCUGUGUCUCUGAGUCCCUGCAACUGAAUCUGCAUCUGUAUCUGUAUCUGUGCGUGUGUGCGUGUGUGUGCCGGUGGCUUAACAAAAUUACCACAAUUAGCAAGCCCAAAAUCGAGAAAAGUCUAGCCGAAAUUUAAUAAUUUUUUUGAAGUGCUUGUGGUGUAAUAAUAACAAAAAUAAAGGCAAAUAAAAAUCUACAUAAAACCAUAAAACUCAUAUUUUUGGUGCUGGGAGAAACAGUAAACACAAUUUAUAACAGCAAAAGAAUAAAUUGACCAAAUGAGCUGACAAUGAUCGGAUUGAAAGCGUCGACUCUUUGAGGCAGGCAUUGAAAUCAAACCGAAAACCCACGAAACCCGCCGGCAACUGAAUCCACUGAAUACUGGAAACCAAAGAGGAGCCCUGAAAUACCUUGUGCCCAGCUAGCAGCUGCAAUAAUGCACAUUUCUGCUGAGGUCAGUUCGACCACCUCAAAUCAAAUACAGCAGCAGCAGCAGCAGCAGCAACACCAGCAGCAGCAGCAGCAACAUCAGCAACACCAGCAACAUCAGUCGCUGCAGCAGCAGCAGCAGCAACAACAGACAGCAACAACGACCACAACGAAGCGGCGAAAUGCUGAGUCCUCUGCCAACAAUAACAACAAUUCCAGCACCACUAACAACAACAACAACAGCAACAAUAAUAACAACAACAGCACCACGAACAACAACAACAACAAUAAUAAUAAUGUUAAAACAAAGCCCGUGGACACGAGUCCUUAUUUGACCCCCGAGAAUCUCAUCGAACGCACCGUCGACGUCCUGCUCGCCGAACAUCCUGGCGAACUGGUCAAGACGGGAUCACCACAUGUGGUCUGCACCACUUUGCCCACGCACUGGCGCUCAAAUAAAACGCUACCGAUCGCCUUCAAGGUUUUGGCAUUGGGCGAGGUCAUGGAUGGUACUAUAGUCACCAUUCGGGCUGGAAACGAUGAGAACUUCUGCGGGGAACUGAGGAAUUGUACGGCCGUGAUGAAGAAUCAGGUGGCCAAGUUCAACGAUCUGCGAUUUGUGGGCAGGAGUGGACGAGGCAAGAGUUUCACCCUGACAAUUGUCAUCUCGACGAAUCCCAUCCAGACAGCCACCUACACGAAGGCCAUCAAGGUGACCGUCGAUGGGCCAAGGGAACCGCGAUCCAAGGUGCGACACCAGGGAUUCCAUCCGUUCGCCUUCGGGCCACAACGUUUUGGACCGGAUCCACUUAUGGCCGGAUUGCCCUUCAAGUUGCCAGGUUUUGCCCACCAUCUGGUGGGGAUGCACAGCCACCUGCACGCCCCCGAUUGGCGUGCCCACAUGGCCUUGGGCGGGCGUCCGGCCGCCUUCCCCGCCGCCCCCUUCUUCGGCCACCAUGCUGCGGCGGCGGCGGCGGCCUUUCCCACGGCCAGCGGUCUGCGCGUAUUGAGCGGGGAGGGACAGCAGCAUCAGCAGCAGCAGUUGGCCACCGUGGGGGCGGCACAUAGCACCACCAGUCCGGAGGGGUCGCCCACCACCACCACCACGAGCGGUACUCAGUUGAGCGCCUUUGUCCAGCCGCCGAUGACGUCAUCGCCGCCGCCGGUGACCAGUUUGCAGCACGACAGCAACAACAACAACAACAGCAGCAGCCACAUCGAUGCGGGAUUCGAGAGCGAUAGCAUUUCGGUGACGGGAUCGCCGAGGAAAAGCCUCGGUUCACCUUUGACCCACGACGAGGAGGAGGGGGAGGCGGAGGCGGAAGCAGAGGCGGAGGCAGAGGAAUCGGAAUCGGUGGGAUUGAGUCUAAAUAAUGGCGGAAUUCAGGGUACACUGGGCGAAAGUUCACCCGGUUCGGGUGGCGCCUUCACCGCCCUCAUCCAACGCAGUGGCAAAAAUCCAACGGAAUUAUUUGGCGGCUUUGGUGGAGCGGGUGGCAAUCACUUCACACCCGGCGGCGGACAUAGUUUCAAUCCCGCCCUGGCCGCCCAACUCUUCCUGCAAAGUCCACUGUUGCCGCAAUCCAGCCAGUGGCUGUAUACCCAGCUAUAUGGCAGCUACAGUGAUCUCCCGUGGCUGAGGAACGCAGCGGCCGCCGCGGCAGCCAAUAUCAAUCCGAAUCAGGAGGCACCCACUGUGCCCACGCUGAGCAGUAAUCCCGAUCACGAUGGCGUGAAUCUGAUCAAGCGAUGUGUGACCUUGAUCACCCACAAUCCGCCGGAUGCGGAGAAUGCCAAUCCGAAUGCCUCGCCGCCGGUCAGUUCCACUCGGAGAUCCCCGUCACCAGUGGAGACCAUCGACCUGGACGAUGUCAGCACCACCUCGCGAUCGGCCAGUGGGUCAAGUGGUGGUGGUGGUGGUGGUGCAGGUGGACCCAUUAGGACGCGAACCCCAAAACCAUCGGCGGAUGUCUGGCGUCCUUACUAG